AUGAGUAAUCGUAAAAUUGUGCACUAUAGAGAUAAUAAUAUUUCAACAAGAAUAAUGGAGUAUGGAUUCUUAUUUUUUGAAUUCGCAGGUCACACUUUGCUCAGUUUCUCUGAUCUUGUUGUGACUCUACCAGAAUCAUCUCUUAGAAUCACAUCGAGUACAACUACAAAAACUCAUUAUACCAUCUCUGUUGAUUCAUCGAUAACAUCAACAUCCAACAGCAACAGCAACACCACUAAUAAUAACAUCACUACAUCCACACCCACACCCUAUACUAAUAAUAUAAUUUCAACUCCAUCAUCUGUACUAUUAAAUAAAUCAGACAAUCAGUCAUCAACCACCUCCAUUCUUUCCACUGGUCAGUUCACUACACCAACAACAACAACACAACCAGCUCAAUCCAAUGAAAAAGUAAAGAAUUUAGAAUGUGAGCUCAGCAGAUUGCGUGAAGAGAUCGCUAGAAUUAUGGCCAAUAACAGUAAUGCCGCCGCCACUAAUGUCCAACCAGUAAUGGCUGCUGGCGGGCCACCACCUCCACCACCACCAGUACCACCUGUUUUCAAGCCAGCCAACUUGGCACUCAAGAAACUAAAGUCCAAUGGCACUGAAUCGCCAGCUCCUAUGACACCUACCAAACAGUCAUCAAUGUCGAUCGGAGACAUCUUGCGUAGUGGUCAAAAGGUUACUCUCAAGAAAUCAGAUGUCGUCAGAUCACCAGGUGGAACACCAGUCCGUGAUGUCACCAAUCAACAACCCAUUUCCACCCAAGACUUUAUUGCAAAUGCACUCAAAAAGAAAUUCUCCAACAUCAGAGUCGAUGAUUCUCCGGAGGUCAAGCGUCCAAAAUCAUCUCUAAAGAAAACCAAUGAUGAUUCAUUCUUUUCAGACUCUGACAAUGAUUUCGAUGAUCAAGAGAAUGUUCAAACUUAUAUUUAA